AUGGCGGCGGUGGCGGGGCCGGAGGAGCCGGAGCCGGGCGGUUCUUUCCGCCGUUACCUGGCGCGGCUGGGUGCCCUGCGGCCUCAGCCUGGCGCGGAGCGGCCCGACGGCGGCCGCCGCACCGAGCUCCACCUGCUCUUCGACCAGCUCAUCUCGGAGAGCUGCGGGCCGGCGCCGGCGGCCGGGCCCAGCUCCCAGGAUGUUUGUGCUCUGCUUGUCCAAGCCUGUCAGCUGGUUCAUCUUGAUCAGGAACAUCUUGUCAGCAAAGUUUGUCAGCUUAUCCAUCACUUACUUAACAGAUUUCAGGUGAUGGUUGAUGAACAGAACUUGAAUUUUCUUCUCUCCUACUGCAUCUCUGCUCUUAAGCAGUGCAGCUCUUGGACACAUGUUGAAAUUCUGCAAGCCUUAGCAACUCUUGUUUACAAUAAUGGACCUAAAUGCCAGAAAUAUCUCUCGGAUUUGCUGGGCAAGACUGGGCUCUUGGUGCAGUUCAGUGAUUCUGCUCAGCCAGACGUGGAACUCAGGAGGGCAGCAGUACGCAGCAUGGCAAAUCUGUGUCUCAGUGUGCCUGGACAGCCAUACUUGGAUGAGUCGUACAGAAGUGUCUGUUUUCAAACUUUUCUAAGUGUUCUGCAGUCUUCAAAAACCUCUGAUGUAGACGACAUCACUUUUUGCAUGUUACUGCAAAGUGCACUGAAAGGUAUUCAGUCGCUUCUCAAUGGGGGGAAGAUGAAACUGAUGCAAACUGACCAAAUCGGAUCUCUUCUUGCAGUAUUAAAGAAAUGUAUGUUUCACGGACUGCCAGGACUGAGCAUAGAAAUGCCUGCAGCCCUGUACCCGGCUCCAUUGCCUCAGUAUGAUAAAAGGUCGCCCGUCAAACAGGAACAAUCAGAACCGGCCGCCUUUAAGCAGACAGGGAACCGAAGAAAAAAGUCCAAAGGGAAACAAAAGAAGGGAGAGCCUGGGGAAGAAGGAAGAGAAGAUUUGGGUGAUGCAGGAAAUGAAUCAGUCCUUGGAGCAGACAUGCUGAAAUUACGCUUGGGGGAUGUGCAGAACAGUCCUUGUUCGGAUCCUCGGACUCGUGCAUCAGAUGUUGCAUUCGUGCCUGCUGGAAAGGAUCACUUGUCUUCACAUUAUACUAGUUGGAAAAGAAUCAGCAGCAGUGAGUCGGAAUAUUCUGAUGCUGAAGGUGGAAUACAGAGCAAAAUGAGAUCUUAUCAAGCCAAUGUUCGUCAAGGGGCUCUAGCCUGUUUCCUCUCCGCUAUAAAAUCAAUAGAAAAAAGAGUUCUUUAUGGCUACUGGUCAGCAUUUGUUCCUGAUGCACCUGGGAUUGGCAGCCCCCAGUCAGUGUCCUUGAUGACUAUUGCUUUAAAGGACCCUUCUCCAAAGACCCGUGCCUGUGCUCUCCAAGUUCUCUCAGCCAUCCUGGAAGGUUCUAAGCAGUUUCUUUCUGUUGCCGAAGACACUAAUGAUCACAAGAGAGCUUUUACUCCCUUCUCCGUAACUAUUGCUUCUAGCAUCCGGGAGCUGCACCGCUGCCUGCUGCUAGCCCUGGUGGCAGAAUCCUCUUCUCAAACACUGACACAAAUAGUCAAGUGCCUUGCAAAUUUGGUUUCAAAUGUACCAUACAGCCGUUUAAAACCUGGGUUGCUGACAAGAGUGUGGAACCAGAUAAAGCCAUACAUUUGUCAUAAAGAUGUUAAUGUUCGAGUUUCUAGUCUCACGUUAUUAGGGGCUAUAGUAUCUGUCCAAGCACCUUUACCAGAGGUGCAGUUACUCUUGCAACAGCCCAAUUCUUCAGGGCUAAAUAAUAGUGGUAGCGCAACCCCUCACCGUUUUAAUUCUUCUGAGCAGUGGAGAAAAGCACUCCGCUCAGAAGGGGAGCCUCCAGAUAAUCCAGCAGGAUGUACAUCUUCAGAACCAUGCUGGCUUCUCCGUCUCUGCGUUUCCAUCAUCGUUCUGCCCAGAGAGGAUUCCUGUUCUGACAGCGAUGCUAACUUUCCAUCGUUUUCCAGCGUUUAUGAACCAUGUCCCCUUCGACUGGAAUCCUUACAGGUGCUGGCUCUUCUUGUAAAAGGUUAUUUCUCUAUGGCUCAGAGCUAUUUCCUAGAACUUGGAGAAGUGGCUUGCAGAUGCAUGGAAGAAAUGGAUCCAUCCAUUCAGCUUCAUGGAGCCAAACUUCUGGAGGAGCUGGGCACAGGUGUACUACAGCAGUACAAGCCCGAUUCAGCCGUUGCCCCUGAUCAGAGAGUGCCUGUCAGCGUGGUUGUAACUUUCUGGACUAUGAUGUUAAAUGGCCCUUUACCUGGCACUCUUCAGAACUCUCCACAUGCGACUCUUCAGACAAGUGCCUGUGAUGCCCUGUCCUCUAUCUUGCCAGAAGCUUUCAGCAGUCUGCAGAAUGACCAGCAGAUACUGUGCGUCACUCUGCUUCUUGGCCUGAACCACAGUGAGAACCCGCUGGUAAAAGCUGCUGCUGCACGUGCGCUUGGAGUUUACAUCCUCUUCUCUUGCCUUCGGCAGGAUGUGAUGUUUGUGGCAGACACAGCAAACGCUAUUCUGAAUUCCCUCCAUGACAAGUCUCCGAACGUCCGUGCCAGCGCUUGGUCCCUGGGCAAUCUUACGGACACUCUGAUCAUCAACAUGGAAACGAUGGGACAAAGUUUUCAAGAGGAAUUUUCUGAUCUCCUGCUGUUGAAAAUGUUACGGUCUGCGACUGAAGCAUCCAAGGACAGAGACAAGGUAAAGAGUAACGCAGUCCGGGCCCUUGGGAAUGUGCUUCAUUUCCUUCAGCCGUAUCACAUAGCAAACCCCAGGUUUAGGGAAGCCAUCGAGGAAUCUCUUCAGGCCCUUAUUUCUACUGUUCAAAGUGAGGCCACUAUGAAAGUGCGCUGGAAUGCUUGUUACGCGCUGGGGAAUGUAUUUAAGAACCCUGCCUUGCCACUCGGAGAGGCUCCUUGGACCACGCAAGCCUAUAGUGCACUUUCCUCAGUAGUGAAGUCCUGCAAGAAUUUUAAAGUCCGAAUCAAAUCGGCCAUGGCCCUCUCCAUCCCUAGCAAGAGGGAAUGCUACGGCUCCACUGAGCAGUUCUGCCAAAUCUGGAGUGCCUUGGUGGUUGCCUUGCAGAAGAGUGAAGAUACCGAGGACUUUCUGGAAUUCAAGUACAGUGCCAGCCUCAGGACGCAGGUCUGCCAGGCUCUGCUUCAUUUGUUGAGUCUGGCAAAGAGCACAGACCUGCCAGUCAUUUGGGAAACCAUAAGAGAAAACGGGGAUGCAAUCAAACCCUAUGUCUUGCAAUAUCUGAAAUCUGGAGUUGAAGAAAACGAAGCAGGAACGCACACGGACUUGUGCGAGAGGGAGAGAGUAUUAAAAGGAGCUAUCGAACAUCUCGGUGGGAUAGAGAAACAGCUGGAGGGCAAAGCUAGGGUAAGAGUAUCUGUUUAUCUGGAAGAUGUCUUGACAAACCAUGCCAAUGCCACUGAGCUAACAGAGGCUUAGAAAGAAACACCUAUUUCAGUGACCAAUAACUUACCCUUCUGCCUGGGCACAGAGAAGAAACACACUGCUUUCGCUCACACAGGGCAUCCAGAAGAAAAGUUUCCUGUUGCUGGUAUUAAAAAAUUUAUUUAAAACUUAAAAUCAUUCAUAAUGCCUGCUGAAAAGAUCUAUAGAACUUAAUUUUCUUUUUUUUUUUAUUUUUGUGUUUAGUGAACUCUUAAGUUGUCCUCGCUUGGUUUUGUUUGUACACUUAACUGUUACAGCGUUACCACUUGGAAAACAAAUGCCUUUUCCUUCUUUGUACGUUUUAUAAAAACAGCCUGUUCUCUCAGCUUAUCUAAAAGCAUUUUGUUACUAUUGCUGCUGUAUUCAAAAUCAUGUUUGUAAAGGAGGGGUCUGGAAGAAUUUUGUUUUUCUGAGCGCUGCAAAUGUUGUCACUCCUGUGUUCCCGCAAUAAACCGAAAUAUGCCAAUAUUUGAAUAAUAGCUUAGAGCAAACACACUUUGCCUUUACCUGUCUGCGUUCCUGGUGUCGUACACCUGGCCUGCGCCUCCCUGCUGCCUUCGCUCUUCCUGUCUUCCCAAAACUCGAAAUUCCUUGUUUCCAGGUGGAUUGUACUGUGCUGCGUAAGCCAGAAAAUUCAAAGUAGGUCCUCCGAGGCUGGAAUUUUGACUCUUCAAGCAGUGCUACCCCUGGGGCUCUGUCGCCUUUCUGCGGGAGGUGCAGUGAUGUUCUAAACCGCGCGUGGGUUUGUUUCUAUUUCCGAAGUUCGGUCCCCUUCCCAUUCCUUCAUGAUGAUGUUACUUA